CCUGGAGGUCACGUAAGGACACUGCGCAGUGCGGGCAUGGUUUCAUUCGGGCUGUGGCAGUGGUGCUAGUCGGACGUGUGCGCUCUGCGGAAGGUGUUGGAAGGACGACUGCUCUCAAGGACUUCUUGCUUCUUUUCCCACUUAUUUCCGACGGUCAUGAUGAAGAUGUGGGUGGCGGUGGUUGGUGUUCUGGCACUGACAUCCAGAUCACUCUCGAUAAACGUGGUACCUGGCGUGAGGAGUAUGCCUGCGGGAAGGGAUACAGGAGAGGAGAGGAUAUACUUCCCCACGGACGACUUCACGGACAACUUCACGGAUACGCUAGACCUGGACGGGCUCGACAGAGACACUCUGAAACGCCUCAACAUCAUCGAAAACAUCUCCGACUUCGCUCAGAUGUUUAACCUGUCACUGCCGGAGAACGACUCCCCCAACACUACGGUGGUGACCAGGUUCGGCGACGUUGGCGAUGAACCAGCAGAACUGGCCACCAUGGCUAACUGCAAGCCAGAGCUCCGCACGGUGGAGCUCGACCUGCCCCACGACUCCCACACCACCUUCUACCCGACCUGCAUCCGGGUCGAACAGUGCGGCGGCUGCUGCUUCGGGCCGCUGCUCACCUGCAGGCCCACCGUCACCAAGGCGUUCAAAGUCAAGGUGCUGAAGACGUCGACCUCGAGCGGCUCCUCCCGCCGCGCCCGCCCGGACCGCCGCCACCGCCGCGAGAACACCGUCAGUUACCACACGGUGUCGGUGUUCAAGCACACAGCCUGCGAAUGCGGGUGCAAGGUGCAGGCCAGCGACUGCAACACCACCAUCCACACCUACCACGAGGGCGAGUGUGCCUGCGUGUGCAAGGACAGAGACGAGAAAAGCAAAUGCGAGGAGCAGAAUAGCACGAAAUACUGGUCGGACGAGAGUUGCUCCUGUUACUGCCGCAAACCGCUGUCUUGUGGCUCGGGAGAAUACUUCUCCCAAGUCUCCUGCAGGUGCGAGCAUCUGGCCGUGCGGAGUGGCAUCAUCUUCAGCGACCUAGAAGGUAGCGCAACGUAACUCUCUUCCUGUCACUGCAUGUCUUCUGAGUCCAGCUCGAACGCGACGAGCCUUUUACAGUGCGUGCUACAAGGCUGCCGUUUGCUGCAUGACCUUUUCUCUUUUUAUAUAUUAAUUCAUCCAUUUUUUCGCCAACAGUCUGGAUGAUGAUUUGAUCUCUAAAGACAAUAAUAUAUAAUUACUGUUAAUGCACCAAAAUUUCUUAGCAACGAAACAUCUUAAUAAGUUAGAAAUUAUAACAUCCUUAAAUAAAUAUAAAAUGAAUGCAAAU